CUAGAAUUUUCUAAUGUAAUACUUACUUACACUCCUUUUAUUCUCUUUAGUCCUAGGAUAAUAAGUGCCAGAGGAGAAUGGAGUUUUAAUAUUGAGCGAUUAAAACUUUGAAUAUGUUUUGAAAAAAUAUGAAUUUGUCUUAAUAGAUUUCUAUGCGCAUUGGUGUGGACAUUGUCAUCAUUUAGCUCCAAUAUUUGCUUCAGCUGCAAGACAAGUAAGAAAUCAAAAUGUUUAAUUUGCUAAAAUCAAUUGUCCUUAAUAUGAGCAUUUGUGUAGAAAAUAUUAAGUUACUGGAUUCCCUACCUUAAAAUUAUUCGGGGAUGGAUAAUUAUAGAUGGAAUAUCAAGGGGAUAGAACAGAAAAAGCUAUUGUGGAUUGGAUGAGAAAGAAAACAAAUAAGGGAUCUAUUGAGGCUAAAUCAUUAGACCAAUUAAAGAAGAUUUCAGAAUCCCCAAAUUUAGUCAUGGUAUUCUUUGGUGAAUAGAAAGAAUCAUAUGAAUUUAUGUAAUACUUUUAAUUCUCUCAAAAGAAUAAACAUAUCUCAGCUAUGCACACAUUUAAUUAAAAUUUUGCUAAUGAAAUGAGAGCUCAAGUACCCAGUAUCGUUAUUUAUAAACCUUAUGAUGAAAGAAAGGCUGCUAUUUAUGAUAAUUUUGAGAUUUCUUACAUAGAAUAAUUCAUAAAAAAGCAUUCUUAUCCAGUCUUGAUGAAUUUCGAUUUACCAACCGCAAAAAGAAUAUUUAAAGGGGAUUAACCAACACUUUUCUUAUUGUAAAAUUCAUAGACAAAUCAUGCAGAAAAGCAUUUGAGAUUAGCUCUAUCUAAAAUCAAAGAUUAAAUUCUAAUUUGCAUUGCUAAUACAGAUAACAAAUAUGGAUUGAGAUUGAUGUAAUAUUUUGGCAUUUAAAAUGAUUAUCUCCCUUAGAUUGUAGCAUUUAAUCCAAUUUCUGAGUCUUUUAAUUUAUUGAGUGAAAUCACAAAGGAUGGAAUCGUUAGCUUUACAUAAUAAUUCCUAGGUCUCCAUUAGAAUACAUAAAAAUAAGACUUAUGAUAUAUAUAAUUUAUUAUGUUUUUAAUAAGUGUUAAUACAAACAUUGAUCUUUA